AUGGGGUUCUUGAGUUGCUUCAGGCCCAACGAUGAGCAGCACAAACCAACGCGACCGAAGCUCGUGGAGCUAAGAUCGGCGAAAUGGUUUAUUAUGUUUGUGGUCUCAUUUGCGGCCUGCACGGAUGUUUUCAUGUAUGGCCUGAUCGUACCUGUCACGCCCACGGCUUUGCAGAAGAGGGUCGGACUGCCCAAAGACCAUGUACAAACAUGGACUUCUAUUCUCUUGGCCUUGUACUCGGCCGCGUUGCUGGCCUGCUCGCCCAUCGUCGGGUACAUCGCUGACCGGUCGGAGUCCCGGCGCUGGCCUCUCUUGAUGGGGUUGGUUGCGCUGGGUGCUGCAACUGCCUUGCUGUGCGUUGGAACCCACAUUGCCUUGUGGAUCGUCGGUCGCUUAGCUCAAGGCGCCGCUGCGGCGGUGGUUUGGACAGUUGGUGUGGCUCUGAUGGUCGACACGGUAGGCAAAGAUGGCCUCGGCCAGGCCAUUGGGUAUGUCUCCAUGUCGCUUAGUGUCGGCACGUUAGCUGGGCCGCUUCUCGGGGGUGUCUUGUAUGAAGAUGGCGGGUAUUAUGCGGUUUUCGGUCUCGCCUUUGGGUUGAUUGGGCUUGAUAUCUUCUUCCGGCUUGUGUUGAUUGAGAAGAAACAUGCCCUUCCCUGGCUAGCACCGGAGAUGAAACCACUUGCCGUGGACCAAUCGUCAAGGGAAAGGACAGACACCCGUAACACCGCUACUUCUGCGCCUGACACCCACACUGGCUAUGAGAGCCAGCUUCCACCCUCUCCGACCCAUUCACCAAAUGUAUUCGGCAGCGUCCUGGUGCUACUCAGCUCGCCUCGCCUCGUGGUUUCUCUGUGGGGGUACUUCGUCGUAUCCCUAGUCUUGACUUCUUUCGACAGCGUGCUCCCUCUCUUCGUGCAGGAGACCUUUGGAUGGCAGCAGACCGGCCAGGGUCUGGUCUUUAUCCCACUCAUGGUGCCGCACAUAUUUGACCCAGUCACCGGGUUCAUUAUUGACCGGUUUCCACGGUCCCCUCGCUAUCUUACCGCCGGGGCCUUCCUCUGCGCUGUUCCUGUCGCAGUCCUCCUCCGACUCGUCACCGGUAACUCAACACAUCACAAAAUCCUGCUGUGUGUGCUGCUUGCUCUCCUCGGCUUGUGCUUCGCCGUUGCCAUGCCGCCUCUGGUGGCCGAGGUUUUCCACGCCGUCAAAGAAAAAGAACAUUGCUCGCCUGAUAUCUUCGGUCGCGGCGGAGCCAUGGCUCUCGCUUUUGGCCUGUCAAACAUGGGAUUUGCGGCGGGUAGCCUGAUUGGCCCGUUCUUUGCAGGUUUUAUUCGCCAGCAGGCUGGUUGGGGGACUAUGGGGUGGGCCAUGGGCUUGAUUUCGGGGGUAUCUGCGCUUCCGACCAUUUUGUUUCUGGGAGGGUGGAUUCUGAAAAAGCCAGCGCCAGAGGCUUCAACUGACGACACUCAGACUGGAGAUUGA